GACUACUACCAGAUGGACAAGAAGAAGCUGGGUGAGGGCUCUUACGGAUCCGUCACCAAAGCCACCAACAUUUCUACCAAGGCCAUCCGCGCCGUGAAGACGAUCUCCAAGUCCCAGAUGAAGAACCUCGAGCGCUUCAAGCAGGAGAUCGCCAUCAUGANNAUGGACCACCCCAACAUCAUCAAGCUGUUUGAGUCUUUUGAGGACCACAGGAACAUCUACCUGGUCAUGGAGCUUUGCUCCGGUGGCGAGCUCUUCGAUCGCAUCAUCGAGUCCGGCCACUUCUCCGAGGUGCAGGCAGCCAUCCUCAUGCAGCAGAUCAUCCGUGCCAUCUAUUACAUGCACGAGAACCAUGUGUGCCACCGUGACCUGAAGCCGGAGAACUUCCUGUUCAUGACCAAGGAUCCCAUCGAGAAGAACUUCCUGAAGAUCAUUGACUUCGGCCUGAGCUGCAAGUUCACCCCCGGCAAGCCCUUGUCCACCAAAGCCGGCACGCCCUACUACGUGGCUCCCCAGGUCUUGGCCGGUAACUACGACCAGCUGAGCGAUCUCUGGAGCUGCGGCGUGAUCAUGUACGUUCUCCUCUGCGGCUACCCGCCCUUCUUCGGAGACACCGACUCGGAGGUGCUGGCCAAGGUUCGCUUGGGCAACUUUAACUUCAACCCCGCCGACUGGAAGAACGUCUCCGAGGAUGCGAAGACCUUGAUCCGUCAUCUGCUGAAGAUGAACCCAAAGGAUCGCUACACCGCCGAGCAGGCCCUGAACCACGAGUGGAUCAAGAACAAGGCGCCGAAAGCGUCCCACGUGUCCCUUCAGUCCAACUUCGUGGACAACCUGCGCGGCUUCCGCUCGCAGAACAAGCUGAAGAAGGCUGCCUUGCACAUCAUCGCCGGCCAAUUGAAUGAGGACCAGAUCAAG